AGAGAGAGAGAGAGAGAGAGAGAGGAAAAUGGGUGGACGGAAAGUCCCCGUGUGGAAAUCCCCUUUGACUUGGACUUUUUCCUUGUUUUAAAAAAACUAUCAUUAUCGUACGUGUGUAUUCUUUUGAAAGGCUUCGCAGGCUGCGAGGGCUCCAAAAUAGAUCUGAUACUGAAAGAAAGAGAAGGUUGAAUGGCGCCGAGGACCGCUGCGGUGAGGCUGAGUGAAGUGGCUGAGAGAGGACUAGCCUGAGCAUCCGGGAGGCUUUUGUUAUUACCCCGACAUAUUACACAGUUUCCACGUUGAUCCGGCAUCGGUGGUUGGUGCCUCCUCCUCCUCCUCCUCUCCUCCUUGCUCCUCUUCCUCCCCUCCUUCCAUUCACCUGGCCAGCCAUCCGCCAUGUCGCAGGGUCAGAACUUCCUCCCCAAAUUCCUGUUUGUCUCCAACCUGCUCAAGGCAGUGAAGAUCCGACAGCGAGUGCCUAACGAUGUGGUGAAGCCUGCUGCCAGCGGUGGCCUCAUGCACCACCUGCGGGGUAUGCACCGGUACACGCUGGAGAUGAUCGCCAUGAACCACUUCCCCCAGGCCUUCAGGGAGGUGGUUCAGGCCGCCAUCCUGGACCGAGCCAUGCAGGCCUCAUUAGAGAAGGAGAAAAAGCUCAACUGGUGUGGGGAGUUGAAGAAGAUGGUGCCCUUACGCACCAAUGGAGAUGGGAACUGUUUGCUUCAUGCAGCCUCUCAGUACAUGCUGGGUGUUCAGGACACAGACCUGGUUCUUCGGAAAGCUCUCCAUGGUGUUUUGAAAGAAACUGACACGGGCGUCUUCAAAGCUCGCUUCCAGGCAGAGCUGCUCCAAUCUCAGGAGUUCACCCAAACUGGACUCCGAUACACCACCAUGAACUGGGAGGAUGAGUGGGAAAAGAUUGUGAAGAUGGCAUCGCCAGUCUCCAGUAGCAAUGGCCUCCAGUUUGAUUCUUUGGAGGACAUCCACAUCUUCAUCCUCUCCAACAUUCUCCGCAGACCCAUCAUCGUCAUUGCAGACCAGGUGGUCAGGAGUAUGAAAUCCGGCACCUCCAUCUCUCCUCUGAAUGUGGGUGGGAUUUAUCUGCCUCUACACUGGCAACCCACAGAGUGCUACAAAUACCCAAUAGUGCUCGGCUACGACUCCCAGCACUUUGCACCCCUCAUCACCAUCAAAGACAGUGGUCCAGAGAUCCGAGCAGUACCGCUGAUCAAUCCGAGGCGGAAUGGCUUUGAGGAACUGAAAGUUCAUUUUCUGAUGGAGAAGGAGCAGCAGCAGAAAGAGAGGCUCCUCAAAGAGUACCUGCACCUGAUAGAGAUCCCUAUCAGAUUGGGCCAUGACAUUACACAGAUUAUGAAAGCUGCAAGGCUGGAUGAGGGAAACCUUCCUGAAGACAUGAACCUGAUGGAGGACUACCUACAGCUUGUGAACCAUGAGUACCAGCGCUGGCAGGAGGACAAGGAGCAGGCAUGGGCCGCCCAGCCACAGCGUCCGCCACCCUUCUCCGUCUCCCAGCUCUCGCUUAUUGAGAUCCGCUGUGCCACACCACGAUGCACCUUCUAUGUCUCUGUGGACACGCAGCCUCAUUGCCAUGAAUGCUUUGAAAAGCGGCAGGCCACUACUGGUGGAGGAGCGAGGAUAGAAGGGGUAAUUCAGACUAAGGAAGGAGGUUUACAAGGUGGGGUAGGAGUCAUAGGGGGAUCAGAGACUGAGGUGAGCUCCAGAGGGGCCAGAAGUAGCAGCCCCCCAUGCUCUUCAUCUGGGAGAGGAGUAGUGUUAUCCAGUCCCCGCUCAGCCCCGCCCACCGCCCCCAGCCUCAGCCUAUACAGUGAAACACAUGCAAUGAAGUGCAAGACACCCGGCUGCCUCUUCACCCUAAGUGUGGAGCAUGAUGGACUUUGUGAGCGCUGCUUCAACUCCAGGCAAAACCAUGGAACCCCUGGAGUUGGAACGGCCGCUACAGGACUGCCAGGGACCAAUGGGGGGCCUGUCGUUCCCCACCCAGCCCAGGGCUCCGGCUGGAACCAGUGGGGAGGCUGUGAGACCGAGACAGAGCGAUGUAACAUGUGCAGAAAGGAGGCGUUUAGGAUAUUCAAUGGCUUGUGUCCACCCUGCAUGCAGAGACAGCAGGCUCCAGAAAGGGGAGAGCCACAACAGAUCAAUCCCAGGACUGAAGCCUCAUCUUCAGCUUGGACCCAGGCCAGGGACACUGAGCGGCCAUGCCUCACUCUAACUCCAGGGCACACCUCAGCUUGGCAGGGCCCUGUGGCCCGACCUUGUAAAAGAUCUGGCUGCCAGUUCUUUGGGACACCUGAGAAACUGGGUUUCUGCACUAUUUGCUACGUAGACUAUCAGACAAAUCACCACCUGACUCCUCCUCCUGCCCCGGCCCAGAGUCGGCAUGGUUUGGAGACAGGCUUCCAGAAUGCCUCACGAUGUCGUGGGCCUGGGUGUGGUGCAGUUGGCAAGGUGAUGCUGGAGGGCUACUGUGAUAAGUGCUACGUAAAAGAGCAAAGUGCAAGACUUAACCAAGUCGCAAAUCGCACGUCCCCUCCUCUGCGUGAACGAGCAGCAAAACCCAGAUCUUCGCAGCAAUCCCAGACCCAGACUCAGUGCCGGCGGAGUGGCUGCAGUAAUGUGUCCCCGGGUUGCACAGACCUCUGCCCAGAGUGCCACACGCGUGGUCAGGGCAGAGAGCCAGGAAGACGGGCGCAGGCGCCCAAAGAAAAGUCGAAGCAGCGGUGCCGGACACAAGGCUGUGACCACUACGCCAACCAAGAGAAACAGGGCUACUGCAACGAGUGUGACCACUUCAAACAGAUUUACCGCGGCUGACCACAUUUAGCGCCCAUGCACACGACAGCGAUGAUGACACAUCGCUAGCACGCUAGAGCCGCCGCCCUGCUGUGGGCUCUCCAUGCCAGUCAAUGCACCUCUGAUACUAACUAACCAACUAACUAACUUGCUAGUGACUAACUAGUUACCUUAUGGCCUGAAAAUCAAACCCCCCAUGUAGAAUGUGAAGAGAGAGUGUGUGUAUGUGGGGGUGGUGGUGAGUGUGUGUGUUUUCGCAGUAGACAUGGCCUCCAGAAUACCUCUUUGUGCAAUUAUUAUCAUCUGACAUGCCCUGCGCACUUACACGGUGAGAGGUUUGGCUACAUGUCAGAGCAACUGAAUUAACUCUUGUGUACAAUAUGUAUUUAGAGGUACGUAGUGAAUCGUGCCGGACAAAAUGAUUGUAUGUCGACAUAACAAGAAGCAUCUGACAUUGCUUUCUAGACCACAGCCAAGGAUUUAUACCCCCCGUCUGUCUGUCUGUCUUAACCCAUCUGUGUAUCUGUCUGCCUGUCUGUCUAGCAUUUGCUCUGAAGAAAGAGAGAUGCAGUAGUUGGGCAUGCCCAACAGCAAAUCUCUGUGAAAAUAGUCAGCAGAAGUGUGCAAAACUGGGCCAAAGGAAAGCAAGCAAAGUGCUUGAAAUUAAGUUAAAUGGCAUUCACCACUGUUUUGCUUAAAUCUCCUAAAUCACUCAUCUAUGUCCUCACAACCCAGACAAAGAUUUUUUUUUUCAAAAAGAUUCUCUUGCAGUCAAUAUUGUAAAAAUGGUCAAAUAUUGAUUUUCUUCCAUUAGCCAGACAAUAGCAGGGUUAGUUUAUAUUUUGAGGCUAAUUAACCUUAUUACUGUUACAUAUCUGAUGUAAAUUGCUUGAUAUGGAAAGUAAAAAAACAAAUUAUAAACUGUGCAGGACAGACAGGGCAGGCCCCUGUUAGUUUUGGUGCUACAUGUACAGAAAUACAAGCCUCUCCAUUGUAGCCAACAUGCUGGUGGUUUCAGCGGACAGAAGGCAGAGAUCACAGUAGAGACAGGACUCACUCUCUUUCAAAACCUCCUUUCCUUCCUCUUAUUUCCCUUUUUCUCCAAAACAAAUCUGUUGCCUUGGACGUUGUUUUCCUGUUUACUUACCACUUAAGCACCUAGAAACGCAUAGACACAUGCGCACACAUAUCUACACAAUGUAUACACCAACAUAAUAUCGUCAGUCCUGUUAAAAGGGGAUUGGCAACUGUGAGGAGAACUGAGACUACAAGGACAGGCGAAGUCUGGAUAAUUAUCCACCCUACUACUGUAUACACACGCACACAUGCAAACACAGCUUUGUGAGAUUGUAUGUCCCCACCCCAGCCUGAGGUAAUGUGUAGGUAAAUGAACCUGUAAAGAUGCAUUCCUCUCUGCUUCACCCUCCUGGAUGUGCCAAGGCAUCACUUUCAAAACUUCAGAGAGCAAUCCUGUUGCCUGCUUUGGCUAAUCUUGUCUAUCUGAAUGUGUUUGUGCUGCUUGUACAGCAGCACAGUAUUGGGGCUGAUCCUCGAUAAGUUUUGCCUUUACAUAGUGAUUGAAAUUUUAUGGACCAGAGGGGCCUGAUCAGUGAUUAUGGAUCAGUGCUCCCACUUAUAAAAAAUGCUUUUGUGAACAUGGAUCUUAGUCCAUACCGUAGGACCUUCCAACCCGAUGCCUCAUCUUCAAUACACACACACACACAUACACACAUACAGAUAAAACGUACGCGUGUGUGCGUCUGGAGUACACAAAAAACUGACAUUCCUCCUCUUUUUUUCUUUUCUUUUUUUUUUGAAUUUCAAAUGUAUUUUGAUAUAUUUGUUUUUUUUCUGCCAAAAGAGGAAAAAAAAACAAAAAAACGUGCCAUCAAUUGCCAAACAGUUGUUGUUACCUCCUUAAAAACGGCCAGCCUGGACCAUUCUAAACUAACCAGAGUGCCACAGAUUGACAUCUCCUGUUCUGCGCAACCACAGACUUCAGCUAAUCCAGAUCUCUCAUGCUGAAAACCCCCUAAUGGACACCAUCUUUCCGUGAACUUAUCUUUUAUUCAGAUACGAAGAAAUGUCUGUCUGUAAAGAUAAGCUCAAACAUGAAACAUUUAUCAGACUCAAAUUUGGUAAUAACUGGAACCUCUUUCCCCUCUUACUUUAGCUGUGGGCAGAUAUCCAUCUGUGGCUCUAGUUAGAAAAGCAUAGACAACCAGGCUCUUGGUCUGCCUUUUCAUUCAACUGUAUCUAAAGCUGUCAGGCCAGCCCACGUGUUGACGGCCUGGACGUAGAUCUCUGUGUGCUUUAAUCACCUCUAGACAAACCUUAAUCACUUCAAGGCCAAUUAGUGCUCAGCUCAUCAUAACCUCUUAACAAGGGGCUCUGACUGAGUUUGACUGGGAGGAGAUCACAUAAGUUGCACAUGACUUGUCUAAGCUGCUGAGGCAUUUAGGAAUGGUACUCCGACCUGUGUAGGGACAUUCCAACAGUAGGAAGAGCAUCGACUUAAGAGCAGAAGGUGUAACAAAACAUGCAAAUGGUGUGGAAGUUUCUUUGUGUGACUUUUUGACAAUAGGGUAUUGUAUGAAAAAAGCCUGGUUUUAUUUGUUAAGUAUUUAUUCAUAUCAAAAUAUCUGUAUUGUGUGAUUCAAUAAUUAUUUAUAUGUCGUCCUGAAAUGAAUUAUUUUUAUUAAGAAAUCUGAAAUCUGA